AUGACAGGGUGUGAGCCCAAGGGGCAGAGUGUGGGCAUGGUGCCAGGCUGUGGGCACUGGUCCUGGGCUGCAGCCCUGAUCCUGCUGUUGGCUUGGCUGGGGCCAGGCGGCACAGCUGUGGGGUGCCCAGGGUGUGGGGUGCCAACCCCAGUGCCAGGGCCCGCGCUGCUGGAGCUGGCCAAGCGGCAGCUGCUGGACCGGCUGCACCUGAGCGAGAGGCCCAACGUGACCCGGGCCGUGCCCCGUGCCGCAGUGGCUAGCGCCCUGCGCCACCUGCACCCAGGUCGUGCCCGCCUCCAGGGUCUGCUGGGCCCCUUUGCAGCCUGGGCCGGCCCCGCCGCUGAGGUCCAGGGCUACGAGAUCGUCAGCUUCGCCGAGACUGAUACGACGGGUACCCUUGGCCCAGAGCUGCGGUUUGAGCUGUCCCAAGCGCCGGCCCGUGAUGUGGAGAUCGUGGAGGCCCAGCUGUGGCUGCCACUGCGGGCACCCAGUGCCAACGUCACCCUGCAGGUUAUGGGCCCUGAUGGCACGGCACUGAGCACCCGGCGCCUGGCGGCUGGAACGGGGGGCUGGCACACCUUCACCCUGCCGCCCGGGCUGCACAGCCUGCCUUCCCUGCACCUGGCACUGCGCUGCCACGGCUGCUUGCACCCUGACGGCGCCCGCUUGCUGAGCCCUGGCCCUGCCCGCCGCCCCCCCGUGGCUGCCCGGGCACAGGCACGGGCACGGGGGCGCCGGGUGGGUAAGCGCAGCCUGCACUGCGCCCCCGACUCGGCCCUGUGCUGCCUGCAGGACUACUACGUGGACUUCCGUGCCAUCGGCUGGCACGACUGGAUCAUCAAGCCCGAGGGCUACCAGCUCAACUACUGUGUGGGGCAGUGCCCGCUGCAUGUGGCUGGCAGCCCGGGCAUGGCCGCCUCCUUCCACAGCGCCGUGCUCAACCUAGUCAAGGCCAACAGCAUUGCCGGGGCGGGCCACGCGUGCUGCGUGCCCACGCACCGCCAGCCGCUCUCCGUGCUCUACUUUGACCGUGGCAGCAACAUAGUCAAGACCGACAUCCCUGACAUGAUUGUGGAGGCCUGUGGGUGCAGCUAGGCUGGUGGAGGGGUCCCACCACAGACACGCGGCCUCCAGGGGGGUGGACCCACUAUGGACACAGGGACUGCUACAGAUACACAACCCCACUAUGGACAUGACGACCCCUAUAGACAUGGCCCCCCGAGUAUGGGGGCACCUGCAGACCCCCUAUAGACACGGACCCUGGGGAUGGGGCAUGGGGGGAGCCUGCCAGACUUGCCGCCUUCUGGCGUGGGGGGAGCCUUGUGGGUCCCUGCUGGCCGUGUUGGGUCCCCAGUGCCUGCGAUGGGCCAAGUGCACAGACAGCUGAUGCAAUGCAGCUCACAGUGUGGUGGGGGGGCAGGUUGCUGGUUUCAACCCCCCCCUGGAGGCCGGGGCUGGCUGCCAAGUGGGGCAGAGGUCAUGGUAUGUGGGCCCAGCAUUGGCGGGACUAGAGGGCAUCAGUUUCUGGGACUAGUGGGGCUGGAGCUGGGUUGGGGGCCAGCAGGGGAGUGGGCAGGGGUUGCGGAAACCCAGCUGUGGCCUGGCUGGUGCUGUCCCUGCAGCCCAGGAAUGUUACUGCUGUGGCAUCGCUGGUCAAAAGGGGGCUUUACUGUGCCACGGGGGCCAGGGCAGCACUGGGCACAGGC